CUCAAUAUGGCGGCUCCCACUGCAGCAUGCUGUUUACGUUUCUCUGUAAGGUUUGCACAGAGGGGGGAAGUGUUGGGACGUUUCGCCAGAGUAACAAGCGACAGUUUAAUUCGCAGUUUAAGCACCAGCCAACAUUACACAGCCAAACACUCAGAUGUUUUACAGGGUGUUCAGCCUCCUGCCAUUCCAGUUGACAAACUGAAAGUAAGUUACAGCCGAAGCAGUGGACCAGGCGGUCAACAUGUAAACAAAGUCAGCACGAAGGCAGAGGUCAGGUUUCAUGUUCAAACAGCAGAAUGGAUUCCUGAAGAAGUCAGAAAUGAGAUUAUCUUGAAGAAUAAAACUCGGAUAAACAAAGCCGGAGAACUGAUAGUAACUUCAGAGGUUAGCAGAAGUCAACAGAGGAACCUGGAAAACUGUCUGCAGAAAAUCUCUGAGAUCAUCACAGAGGCCAGUCUAAGACCACCAGAGCCUUCAGAAGAUGAUAUUGCCCUGAGGGCUCAAAGGUUAGAAAGAAGAAAUUUAGCAAGACUUCAACAGAAGAAAAUCCAAUCUGCAACAAAGAGAGGACGACAAGUUGAUUUUGACUGAAUUAAAGUUCAUUUAAAGUUA